AUGGCACAGUCAAUUAAAAAGAUCUUUCCUACAAGUGUGCACCACUGUUGCCGCAGGCAUAUUAUGAAAAAAGCACAAGAAAAGCUUGGAGCAUUGCUGGGGCGAAACCCUGGCUUGUCCAAAGAUUUCAACAACUGUGUUGACUUCAUCUUGACGCUGGAAGAAUUUGAGGCAGGGUGGUGUGAGCUGAUGAUGAAGUAUGAGGCUAUGACUGACUCCCACUUCGAGAAUCUAUACAAGUACAGAGAGACAUGGGUACCCUGCUACUUCAAGCACCAAUUCUUCCCUUUCUUGCAGUCAACUCAACGCAGCGAGGGGUUCAACGCUGUCUUUAAGAGAUAUGUGAACCCACACAAGUCCAUUUUGAGCUUUGUGAAGCAAUAUCAGAAAAUCCAAACACACAUACUAGUCCGAGAGGGUUCAAAAGACUACAGGACAGGACAUUUACAGACUGAAAUGUGGUCAUCUUACCCAAUAGAGAAGCAGGCGUACGGAUCGUAUACUAGGGACUUGUACGAGAAGUUUCGUGAUGAGUUUCAGUUGACUACAAGGUACAAUGUGCGACCGCAUGGUGAAAACUUGUAUGAGGUUUACCCGAAUCAAGAGUGGGUUGCCAAAUAUGGUUCUAGGGGCUAUUUUGUCACGGUGGAAGCUAGUGCUGGAGACUACAGAUGUGACUGCUGCAAGAUUGAGAGGGACGGCCUGCUUUGCUGCCAUAUCUUGAAAGUUUCCAACCAACUUGGUGUUGAUGAAAUCCCAGCGCAGUACAUACUUAGAAGAUGGACACCUAUGGCAAUUCCCAACGCACCCCCUGCUGUCGAAGAGCAACCUGAUGAGAUGCCACCACAGUCGAAGAAGGAACUCAGGCAUGCAAAUUUGAUGAUGGAUUUUGGUAGUCUUGCCCGGGUUGCUAGUGCGUCAGAUGCUGUGACGGAUAUUGUAAAGAAACAUAUGCGUGGUGCGCGUCAUGAAAUCAAAAAUCUCAACAUGUCAAAGAAGAAGAAACUGGUAGCACCAACAAGUGGGCCCUCUGGUGGUCCUCCGCCAUCAGCUGAUGGUUCUGCACCACCACCGAGUAACUCCAAGGCAACUGGUGGCCCAUGCGGUGCGUCCUGA